AUGAUAGUCACUGAAAGGCCCGAAUGUCCUCCCGGGACUUACUCACCUACCAACAAGCAGCCCUGCUUCCUCUGCCCUCCCGGCAAGUACCAGGAUGGACUUCUGUCCUCCACAUCCUCCUGCACCCUCUGCUCUCAGGGCAAGUUCUCGCCAGAAGGGUCGACGACGUGCACAGUGUGUCCAGCAGGGACGAACACAUCAGGCGAGGGCUCAGCUGAGGACGGAUGCCUUCAGCUCUGUCCCGCGGGAACCUACGGGGUCCAACAGGCGAUCGGACGAAUCGGACUUGCUCCCUGCCGAGCAUGCGACGUCAGCCACUACAACGAGCAAGUCGGAGCGACGGCUUGCAAGCUCUGCCCUGCUCUCACCGACUGCCUCGUGCAGGGAGCGACAAGCGUGUCGUCGUGCCGACCCUUUUGCAACGAAGGAUCCUUCAGUCCCGAUGGGUUGACCCCAGCUGGAGGAGCUUGUCAACCUUGCUCAGCUGGGUCCUUCCAGCCGGCGAAGCGCCAGACCACCUGCCUUCUCUGCUCGCCAGGUUUCAAGUCUCAGGGGGUGGGUGCGACUGUCUGCUCCAGCUGCGCAGCAGGAAGUUACCAGAACGGAGCUGGAAAAACAUAUUGUGAGAGUUGUGCCCUUGGCUUGUACCAGGAGCUCCUGAACUCGACGGCUUGCCAGCGCUGCCCGCUGGGGAGCAGCACGACAGCCAUCGGGGCGUCGAGAGCGGAGCAAUGCGACGGUGGCCUCUCCUGCGCCCCCUGCCCCAACGGCAACAUCUCCACCUCAAUCGGGUCCACCGCCUGCUCCUACUGUGAGCUGGGAAAGUACGCUAAUGGCCCCGACAAUACCGCCUGCCUCGACUGCCCCCCGGACACCUGGACCCUUCCUGGAGGAGCUGGGGGCGUUCAGGACUGCAAGGCAUACUGCCAGCCAGGGACAGCAAGUCUGAACCAACAGGGUAUAGAGCCUUGCAUCGACUGCCCCCAGGGAAAAUUCACCAACUCUACGAGGCAGACCACGUGCCUUACCUGCCCUUCUGGCUUCUACACCCCCGGCAACGCCUCCACCUUCUGCUCCAGCGCCUGCCCAGCUGGUUACUACAGCAGCACUGGUCUACAUCCUUGCACGCCUUGCCCGGCCGGAUCCUUCACCUUCCAGCCGGCAAGCAGGAGCUGUCAACCCUGCCCUCCCGGCAACUUCUCCAGCUUGCAGGCGUCGAGCACGUGCCGUGCUUGUGCCCUCGGCUACUUC